CAAACAUUCCAAAUCUUCCCAGUCGGCUUGCAGAGACUCCUUGCUCCCAGGAGAUAACCAGGUAAAGGAGUAUGAACGUUUGGGUACAAACUCCUUGCUGCAAAUGGAAAACCACGCAAAGGCUCUCUUUCUCUGGGGAGCUACAAUGCCUCCCUUUUUCUUCGCACUUUACCAUUGGUUGGACUUUGAUUCCAGGGAUCCUACGAGUACUCAAUACCCUACAGGAUAUACGUGGUUAAGCAUUUGCAUUUGGGCAAAUAGGCGUCACUUUUCAGUAGGAAGUGGCAAUCCAGAACUUGCUUUUGGGCAAUUCUAGUAGCUCACAGCUUUUUUCUUAAUGAUCGCUAGAAGCUGCAUCUUAUUGACAGAUGGUCAUCACACUGGUGACCUGGAGUCAUCAGAUUGUGGGGCCCGGAGCGAGGUUGAAGGGAGUGGAUCAGAGCACUGCCGGAGAGUCACUUCCACUUUCCUGCUACUGCUGCCUGUGAGCUGAAGGGGCUGAACCAUACACUCCUUUUUCUACAACCAGCCUGCAUUUUUUCUGCCCACAAUGAGCGGGGAAUCAAUGAAUUUCAGCGAUGUUUUCGACUCCAGUGAAGAUUAUUUUGUGUCAGUCAAUACUUCGUAUUACUCAGUUGAUUCUGAAAUGUUACUGUGCUCUUUGCAGGAGGUCAGGCAGUUCUCCAGGCUAUUUGUACCGAUUGCCUACUCCUUGAUCUGUGUCUUUGGCCUCCUGGGGAAUAUUCUGGUGGUGAUCACCUUUGCUUUUUAUAAGAAGGCCAGGUCUAUGACAGACGUCUAUCUCUUGAACAUGGCCAUUGCAGACAUCCUGUUUGUUCUUACUCUCCCAUUCUGGGCAGUGAGUCAUGCCACCGGUGCGUGGGUUUUCAGCAAUGCCACGUGCAAGUUGCUGAAAGGCAUCUAUGCCAUCAACUUUAACUGCGGGAUGCUGCUUCUGACUUGCAUUAGCAUGGACCGGUACAUUGCCAUCGUACAGGCGACUAAGUCAUUCCGGCUCCGAUCCAGAACGCUACCGCGCAGCAAAAUCAUCUGCCUUGUUGUGUGGGGGCUGUCAGUCAUCAUCUCCAGCUCAACUUUUGUCUUCAACCAGAAAUACAACAUCCAAGGCAGCGACGUCUGUGAACCCAAGUACCAGACUGUCUCCGAGCCCAUCAGGUGGAAGCUGCUGAUGUUGGGGCUUGAGCUACUCUUUGGUUUCUUUAUCCCUUUGCUGUUCAUGAUAUUUUGUUACAUGUUCAUUGUCAAAACCUUGCUGCAAGCUCAGAAUUCUAAAAGGCACAAAGCCAUCCGUGUAAUCAUAGCCGUGGUGCUUGUGUUUCUGGCUUGUCAGAUUCCUCAUAACAUGGUCCUGCUGGUGAUGGCUGCAAAUUUGGGUAAAAUGAACCGAUCCUGCCAGAGCGAAAAGCUAAUUGGCUAUACGAAAACUGUCACAGAAGUCCUGGCUUUCCUGCACUGCUGCCUGAACCCUGUGCUCUAUGCUUUUAUUGGGCAGAAGUUCAGAAACUACUUUCUGAAGAUCUUGAAGGACCUGUGGUGUGUGAGAAGGAAGUACAAGUCCUCGGGCUUCUCCUGUGCCGGGAGGUACUCAGAAAACAUUUCUCGGCAGACCAGUGAGACUGCAGAUAACGACAAUGCGUCGUCCUUCACUAUGUGAUAGAAAGCUGAGUCUCCCUAAGGCAUGUGUGAAACAUACUCAUAGAUGUUAUGCAAAAAAAAGUCUAUGGCCAAGUAUGCAUGGCAAAUGUGGGAAUUAAGCAAAAUCAAGCAAGCGUCUCUCCUGCGGGACUUAGCGUGCUCAUGGGCUGUGUGAUCUCUUCAGGGUGGGGUGGUCUCUGAUAGGUGGCAUUUUCCAGCACACUUCGCAAGGAAUGUUUUGUAGCUCUAGGGUAUAUAUCCGCCUGGCGUUUCACAGAACAGCCUUUGGGAAAUGCUGAAUUAAAGUGAAUUGUUGACAAAUGUAAACAUUUUCAGAAAUAUUCAUGAAGUGGUCACAGAUCACAGUGUCUUUUGGUUACAGCACAAAAUGAUGGCAGUGGUUUGAAAAACUAAAACAGAAAAAAACAAACGGAAGCCCACACAUCACUCAUUUUAGGCAAAUGUUUAAACGUUUUUAUCUCUCAGAAUGUUUGUUGUUGCUGGUUAUAAGCAGCAGAAUUGGCCGGCUGGUGUUUUCUCUCGUUUCACUUUGAUACAGUCAACAAGCCUGACCCUGUAAAAUGGAGGCGGAAAGACAAGCUCAAGUGUUCACAACCUGGAAGUCCUUCGGGAAGAAGGGGACAAUGGCAGAACAGGUGUUGGUGACAAUUGUCACCAAUUGGAUAAAGCAGCUCAGGUUGGACCAUUAGGAAAGUGUCAGUUUGCUUUGAUUUCCCUGGGAGCUGUUCUCUGUCGUGAGUGACUCUUCUCUAAACGUCCAUUAGGCUGAGAGUGCUAUGAAGACAGCAGCUAGAAUGAUCUUGCUCCCAGCUGUGCUCUGAGUGCCUAGCGGAGUUCCAGUGAACAAAAUGGACCCAAGAGAGAUUUGAUUGGUGAAUCGUAAUGAAGUUGGGGUUUAUUGUACAGUUUAAAAUGUUAGAUGUUUUUAACUUUUUAAAUAAAUAGAAUACUUUUUUUUUUUUUAAAGAAAGCAACUUUACUGAGACAAUGUAGAAAGAAAUUUUGUUCCAUUUCUUUCAUGUGGUUGAAGAGCAAUGUGUGGCUGAAGACUUUUGUUAUGAGGAGCUGCAGAUUAGCUAGGGGACAGCUGGAAUUAUGCUGGCUUCUCAUAAUGAUUUUAAAGGGGUCUGAAAUUUGUGAUGGAAUCAGAUUUUAACAACUCUCUUCAAUGGCAUAGAGAGUUCAUGGAACUCAUGUUUUUAAAGGGCUAUGUAAAUACAUGAACAUUAGAAAAAUAUCAACUUGUGUUACAAAAAUACAAACACGUGUUAGGAAUGUACUGUCAUGGGCUAGGCAUGGUGGCUCAUGCCUGUAAUCCCAGCAUUUUGGAAAGCUAAGAUGGGCAGAUCACUUGAGGUCAGGAGUUCAAGACCAGCCUGGCCAACAUGGCAAAACCCCUCUCUACUAAAAAUACAAAAAUUUGCCAGGCCUGGUGGCGGGUGCCUGUAAUCCCAGCUACUUGGGAGGCUGAGGCAGGAGAAUCCCUUGAACCCAGGAGGCAGAGGUUGCAGUGAACCAAGAUCGUGCAAUUGCACUCCAGCCUGGGUGACAGAGCGAGACUCCGUCUCAAAAAAAAAAAAAGGAAAGAACGGUCAUGAAUUACAAAAAUACCGACAUGUUUAAACCUGACAGUGGUGUUAUUUGAAACUUGAUAUUGUUCUCGUAAGCUUUAACUAUAUCUCUCUUUAAAAUGCAGAAUAAUGUCUUAAGAUUUAAGGUCUGUAUUUUUAAAGCAUGGCUUUGGCUUUGCAAAAUAAAAAAUGUGUUCUGUA